CCCGGGCGAGAUCCGAGCCGACGGCCUCGCCUUCCCCAAGCCGGUGAUUCUCUGGGCCUCGACGUUGAACGCCGGGGCGCGAGAGCUCGCCAAUUCGGUCGCGGCGGCCGUGGCUGGCGGCAUCUCGAUCACCGACGCAGCGCCCUCGCGCCUAUCCGCGCUGCCUCGCUCCUCGCGCUCCUCGCGCCUCUCCUCGCUCCUCCCUUCGCUAUCUCGACGCGCGAGAAGAGAAGGCGGCGGCGAGGCGACGCACAUGCUGCUCUACCUGAACAGGUUGACGUGGGCCGGCGAUGGCGCCGAGGCGCUCGCAGAGCAGGUGCGCGCCGCGCGCCGCGCCAAGCUGCCGAUCGUAAUGGCGCACGAGAAUGACGCCGUCCGCAACGGCUGCAUCUUUGGGCACUUUUUCGAGGUAACGCCGCGCGACCUUAUUGCCGAUGGGCUGUACCACGACCUCGCCAUCGGCUGCCACGCGGACCCGCACCGACAGGUGUCGCUCGCCCUGCUCGCAAAGGCGCUCGGCGCGACCAAGCAGACAGCCCAGUCGCGCGUGCAUCGCGUCACCGCCCUCGCUCUAACGAUCCGCGGCUCCUUGACAAAGACGAAGCCGUCGAAUGGCGACGACCUUGUGGAAGCGUCAGCGACGCAGGCCCGCCAGAUCGUCUGAGCGGAUACAUACCCCACUGUAGCCGACUCCCGUGCUUGUGCCGCGAGUUUAUUGCAUUCUAAAUUCUUUUUUGUCAAUC